CGUCUUCCCGGGUCACAACAAAACCUUCCUUCAGCUGUAAUAAUAUUAUCAACACGUCUUGUUUCACUCGGAUUUCGCUCACUUGCUUCACCUAUAUAUAAUAGCUAGACGCACUCCAGAUGGCUCUCGUACGGUCUUUGCAAAUUCUGCUGCCUAGGCUACCGGCAGUUCCAUUCUUUAGCGGAAAUCUGGCAAAUAGCCUCUCGGAAGUGGCGGCUGGUGGUGCCUGGGGAUUCCUUUCCACACGAACUGUAAUUCGCAAUCAAUUUCCACGCGCACGAGAAACCAAACGCGUCCGGGUGCACGGUUGGUGGAAACGUAUGUCUACAGCAUCCGGGCGCCGGGUGUUGAUGAGAAGAAUAUUGAAAGGAAGACACGUGCUAUCGCAUUAAUCUUAAGCGUUUGGGUCUUUCGUUGUAUAGUUCAUACUGAAAUAAGCUAACCACAUCAUAGAUAACAUCGCUCUCGAUGGAAUAAUAGAAUAAAAAUAUGCAAAA